UAAUGGUAAAAUGGAACGAACCAUACCAAAAAUUAGCCUCUUGUGAUAGUUCCGGUAUCAUUUUCGUUUGGAUAAAAUACGAAGGAAGAUGGUCUAUAGAGCUAAUCAACGAUCGAAGUACUUUAGUUACCCAUUUUUCAUGGUCGCACGAUGGGCGAAUGGCGCUGAUUUGUUAUCAGGAUGGAUUUGUUCUUGUUGGAUCGGUUGCGGGGCAAAGAUAUUGGUCUUCCAUGUUAAGCCUUCAAUCAACCAUCACCUGUGGCAUUUGGACGCCGGACGAUCAACAAGUUUAUUUCGGGACAACAUCCGGUCAGAUUAUCGUCAUGGACGUACACGGCGCCAUGGUUUCCCAAGUCCAAUUAAUUGCCGAUGUCGGCAUUAGCCACAUGGCGUGGUCUUGCGAAAAAUUUAAAAUGGAAGAAGGAGAUGAUAAUGACCCAGGAGUCACAAAUGCCGCUGAAAGAAAGUUUGUUUUGGCGGUUAGCUUUGAGAAUGGAAAUAUUUAUUUGUUGAAAACUUUCGAUGAUGUUUCCCCGAUACAGAUAACAACCGGUCUACAAUCUCCUGUUUGUAUGGAAUGGAGCAAUUCGAGGGAGCUACUUGCUAUAGGAGGGAUUGAUAACGCCAGCCCGGAAAAUGUGUACAUAAAUAUUUUAAAGUUUUAUAAUGAAAAAGGAACUUUAAUUUAUUCAACAGUUUUGCCUUAUAACCAGGCUCCAAUAACAGCUUUAACUUGGGGCCACAAUGAUAAAAGACUAUUUUUAGCAACCGGAACUCACAUCCACAUAGCCUGGGUAUCCAGAAGAAUAGCUUCAUUACAAUUAAUGUGUAGGUUAAAAAUAUACAACUCUAUCCAACAAGAAACCCAAUUAAGUUUGCUUCCACUUCCGGCAAGGAUAAGAAAUUUAAUUGGAAAUCUUUUCGCUCAAACAAUUCGAUGUUUCGUCCCGGAAAUUUCAGCAUUAAGAGAUUUCGUUUCAAAACCACCUUUGGGUUCAGUUCGAUUACAUUGCACAAUGAUUAGGCAUGAUGAAGACAACAACCACGUUUCUUCUGGGACUUGUUACACUUUGUAUUUGGAGUAUUUAGGCGGACUGGUUCCUUUGUUGAAGGGAAAAAGAACGAGUAAAAUCCGGCCUGAAUUUGUGAUUUUUGAUCCUCAAGGGGAAGAUUAUGGAUUUCAACUUCAGUGGUCGCCGGAGUCAAAGAGUUCUGGGUCUUCAAGUUACUCGACGAGUGGUGGAAACUUGGCCAGUGAUUCUUCUGAUUCUGAAAUGGAUGAUGGGUGUACUGGGUCGCCUAGGAUGCAAAGAAGGAAGAAGAAAAGGAAUAAAUCUUAUACUAGGUUUGGAAAUCCGGAAAAAAAUUCUGGGCCAAGUUCUGGAGAUGCUGAACCUGAAGAUUUAUCUUACGUCGAUACUUUACCGGAACAUGUCCGCUUGGUUGAGGUUACCUCAAACAUUUGGGGGACGAAAUUUAAAAUUCAUGGUUUGGUGGAUUCGGUUCCAGCAAAUCUUGGACAAGUUACUUAUAAAACAUCUCUUCUUCAUUUACAACCGAGGCAAAUGACCUUGGUUAUAACGGAAUUACGCGAUGAUUACCCAAUAGUUCCCGAUCCAAAUUUCAAUCCAAAUUUGUUUUCGGAAGACGAAGAAGAUUCUGACCCAAAAAAUAAAAGUAGUUUACAAAAAGUUUCUUUAGAAAAUUGUCCACCGAUAGCCCCAAUGUCGCCGAGGGGAAAUCGCGUCUUAAGACAAAAAUUAUCAAACAACUAUUUAAGCAUUGACAUUCCAAGAUGCACCCCAUCUUUAGCGAAACCAGAAAGUUAUGAAGAUGAUUCGGAGAGAUCUUUUAGAAGUGGUAACUCUCGCCACGCUGUUUCGCCACUUUGUUGUGAAGGUUCCGUGCCUUCAUUGCAAUCCCCAAAGAAUGCUGUAGCCCCGGGUGAUAUUAUUUUUGAUAGACCAUCACCCCAAAUCGUUCAAGAUAUAAAAUACAAAAACAUCCCACUCUCUUUAAAUCUAAAAAAGAAUCAAGAAGAACCAAAGAAAGACAUAAAAAUAAAAGAAUCCCAACCGGGUCCUUCAAACGAUAACUCAAUGUUUCAUAACUUGAUCCCAGCAGAUUCAAUGAUACGAAGUUGCAGUGUGGGUUAUUUAGACUCCAUGGUCGAUGGGUUAGUCCCAAGCGAUUUAGCACUCCAAAUGUUACGAAAAGAAGCCCCAAAAAGAUUAGUUUUAGUUAACAGAAAACACAAGCACAAAAAGAAUCAUAAAAAACCCGCCACACCCGAGCAACCCCAAGAAAACCAAAAGAAAUUAAAAAAUUGCGGCAAAUCAAAAAGCUUAGAUUCAAGCGAUUUACUUUGCAACUCACUAGAAAGCAUAGGAAAUUUACAAAAAGAAGUGAACCACCUCGAAGUAGUCCCCGAAAUAAAACCGAACACAUCAACCGAAACAUCACCAACAUCAACGGCAACCACAACAACAGGAAACAACAACACGAACAAAUUAAAUAACCACAACAACAACAACAACAAUAACCUAAACAACAACAUAAACAACAUUAAAAAAGAAGGUAACUCGAAGCUAAGUUUUUUUGGUUCAAAAUCGCCGUUAUCUCGGCGAAAAAAAAAUCACGAAUUAAACGAGGAAAACAAACGGAGUAGAAGUAAAACUAAAAAGUCGCAAAACGAAAAUGAAAAUAAAUCGACUUCGCUUCACACUCACGCGUUAGCCACUUUAGAGAGUCUGUUGAAUCGCUUACGUGAAGAUGAUAAUAAAAAAACGAACGUACAAAGUCCGAGAUUACCGAGAAGCUCGCCUUCUUCGCCCGCACCAAGCAAAAAGGGAAAACGUCCACAAUCGGCUUCGCCCGUUCGUAAAAAUAUACUUUCUUCGCCUUUGUUAAGUAAGAAACAUCGAAAAUCGAAACUUUUAGAGAGUUCGGAUGAUGAAGUUAACGCGUCCGGCGAUGAAGUUUUUAAUGGGGUUAAUUAUACUGAUUUGGAAACGUUUCAGAAAGCACAAUUACGACAAAAGCUAAAAAGAGUUAAAAUAGAACCAAAUGGAACGAAUGUAAAUACUUAUCUGAUUCCUCUAAGACGAGAAUUUGUUAUGCACAAUAAAGCUCCGAUGUGGAAUGAAAGUAGCCAAGUUUACCAACUUGAUUUUGGAGGAAGAGUGACUCAAGAAUCAGCUAAAAAUUUUCAAAUCGAAUUUAGAGGAAAACAGGUGAUGCAAUUUGGUCGUAUUGAUGGAAAUGCGUACACUUUGGACUUUCAGUAUCCGUUUUCAGCACUCCAAGCAUUCGCUGUAGCCUUAGCAAACGUAACGCAACGGCUCAAAUAGAAAGGAAAUUAAUUUCUUUUUUUUUUUCAAAUUUUUUUCGAAGGAAAAAUCGCGCAACGUACCGCAUACAUAUCCGAGAAAAAAAAAUCAUCAUUCGAAACAUUUCAUAAAUGGUACCCUAAAAAAAAUAAUAAAUAAAAAAAUUAGUGCCAAUAAUUUAAAAAUUAA